GGAUCUGAUUCUCCAGGAUGACUGGUCUCUGUUUCUAGGUCCAAAUCACCACCAUGAAGUUGAUAUUUUUGUACUUCAUUGUGGCACUUUGCUUCUUUUGCAAAGAUGGGGAAGCCCUAUUCUUCAGGUUAAAAUCAGAAACACAGAAAAGAGAAUCAGGUCACUCUUUGCUCAGUAGUUUGUCCUUUGGUGACGCAAACAAAAGAAAGACAUCUCUUGUUGGUUCACUCCCUAACAAUGGAUUUCGUGCUCAAGGAGCGGCUGAAGAUGGGUCAAGAGAACCUCGGGAUGCUGAUAGUUUAGAAUUAGACGUCGUCCCAGCAGGUGCCACAAGCUCAUCUGACUACAGUUCUUCUGGACCAUUCAGUACUCCAGAAAAAGGAUCCCAUAUUCCUGAAGCAACGCCAAAAUACUCAGAAACAGAUGCAAUUAUUGGUGAAGCGUCUACUUGGGGCAAAGGAGCAUAUAAAGCGUUCAAUGGCCGUGUCUUUUCCUUUGAGUCUUCAUGCUCUUAUACUUUCUGCCGUCACUGUGUUGAAUCUGGAGGAGAUUUCAAUGUUGAAAUCAAACGAAACAAUGACAGUGAGAUUGAAAAAAUAACAGUUAUAAUUGACAAUAAUGACAUCUCCAUUUCGGGUGAUGUCAUUUUAGUUAAUGGAGAAAGUGUACACAUACCAUAUAACAAUAAGUUGAUUCACAUUAAAAAAUACGGAGAACAUAAUGUUCUGAAUAGCCGUAGAGGAAUCCUGUCUUUGAUGUGGGACAAAAAUAACAAACUCUCACUCACUAUUCACAAACAAUAUCCAACUUGCGGUCUUUGUGGUAACUUCAACAAUACUCCAGGAGAAGAUAUCGAUGAGCAUAUUGCCAAUAGUAAAAUUCCUGGCAAUUGUCCCAAUGCUGUUAGUAAAAGCUAUGAACUUUGUGAAGAUGGAGUACAGCACUGUGAGAAAAUUAUUGGAACCUACUUUGAGAAAUGUCAGAAGGUUAGUUCUUUAUCCAACGACUACAAAAUAAUCUGCAUUGAUGAGUACUGCCAAAAUAGAGAUGCAAAAUCCACAUGUGACACUUACUCAGAAUUGUCCCGCCUCUGUGCCUCGGAUGGUCCUGGCAUCUAUGAAUCCUGGAGAGACGAUUCUGCUGUGGUUUGUGAAAAACCUAAUUGCCCAGAAAAACAUAUCUACAAAGAAUGUGGGCCCUCAAAUCCUGCAACUUGUUCUAAUGUGGCUCCCUUUCAAGACAGUGAAUGUGUGAGUGGCUGCACCUGCCCAGAAGGUUAUCUGUUGGAUGAUAUUGGCAAGAAAGGGAAAUGCGUACUGAAGGCUUACUGUCCCUGCGAAUCGAAUGGAAACGUGUAUCAGUCAGGAGAAGUCCGCGAAGGUCCCUGUGGUUCUCAGUGCACAUGCCAAGAAGCAAAGUGGUCCUGCACUGAAGCCUUAUGUCCUGGAAGAUGUAAGGUGGAAGGAAGCUUGAUUACCACCUUUGAUGGUGUUAAAUACAACCAUCCUGGAAACUGUCACUUUUUGGCCAUCCAUGAUAAAGAUUGGUCUAUUAGUGUUGAGCUUCGUCCAUGUCAGAGUGGUCAGUCAGGAACGUGCUUAAACAGUGUUACCCUCCUUUUGAAUUCGUCUGUUUCAGUUGACAAAUACAUAUUCAAUAGAGAUGGGACAGUCACAAAUGACAAGAUUAGAAAUCAAAGUUAUUAUUAUUCAGACAAGGUACAGAUCUUCAAAGUAUCUUCCUCAUACCUUCAAGCAGAAACAUACUUUCAUGUAAAAAUGCAAAUACAAAUUGUUCCUGUGAUGCAAUUAUAUGUUUCCAUGCCACCCAACCAAUUCACAGACACAGUUGGACUCUGUGGUUCCUAUAACAACAGAGCAGAGGAUGAUUUCAUGUCAAGUCAGAAUAUAUUGGAGAAGACAUCUCAGGCAUUUGCUAAUUCUUGGGAAAUGAUGUCCUGUUCUAAAGGAAACACCGCUUCAUGCAUCAGUAUAGAAAAAGAAAAAUUUGCUGAAAAGAACUGCGGAAUUCUUCUUGAUUCGAGUGGGCCUUUCUCUUCCUGCCAUCCAAUUGUGAACCCUAAACCAUAUCAUGAGGAAUGCAAAAAAUACACUUGUGCUUGUGAAAAUAGCAAAGAUUGCCUGUGUACAAUUUUAGGCAACUAUGUGAAAGCAUGUGCUGAGAAGGAAACAUACAUAGUAGGAUGGAGAGCUGAGUUAUGUGAUCAUUCUUGUCCAAGUGGCCUAGUUUUCAAAUACAAUGUAAAGGCCUGCAAUAGUUCUUGCCGAUCAUUGUCAGAGAGAGAUAGGAGCUGCGAUGUGGAAGAUGUUCCCAUUGAUGGAUGCACUUGCCCUGAUGGAAUGUACCACAAUAAUGAAGGAACUUGUGUUCCAAAAUCUCAGUGUGACUGCUACAUAAAUGACGAGGUCAUGCAACCAGGCAAACUCAUCCAUAUUGGUAACAAUAAAUGUGUCUGUCGGGAUGGAAUCCUUCUUUGCCAGACUCCUAUUGAUUUAACCCUACAGAAUUGUACUGGAGGGGCUGAAUAUGUUGACUGCAGGGAUCCUAAGGCACAGAGAAGAGCCGACAGUACAUGUAGCACUUGGAACAUACCUAGUUUUGAAGAAAACUUGCCUUGCAAGCGUGGGUGCUACUGUCCUGUAGGAAUGGUUCGGAAUUCUAAAGGAAACUGUGUCUUUCCUGAAGACUGCCCAUGCUCUUUUGGUGGACGAGAGUAUGACCAAGGAAGUGUCACCUCAGUUGGCUGCAACAAAUGUACUUGCAUAAAAGGAUCUUGGAACUGUACACAAAACGAAUGUCAAACCACCUGUCACAUCUAUGGGGAAGGUCAUAUUAGAACUUUUGAUGGAAAAACUUAUAGCUUUGAUGGUCUCUGCCAGUAUUCAUUCCUUGAGGAUUAUUGUGGUAGUGAAAAUGGCACAUUCCGUAUUUUAACUGAAAGUGUCCCAUGCUGUGAAGAUGGACUUACAUGCUCAAGAAAAAUUAUAGUCGCUUUUCAGGAUCAGAAUGUUGUCUUGCACGAUGGUAAAGUCACAGCAGUUAAAACUACAGAAAGUAAGGAAUGUGAACUUGAAGAAAAUUCAUACUCUGUGCAUACCGUUGGCCUGUACUUGAUUCUGAAAUUCUUAAGUGGAAUAACCAUAAUUUGGGAUAAAAAUACCAGAAUCUCUGUCAUAUUGGAUCCGCGCUGGAAUGGCAAAGUGUGUGGUCUUUGCGGAAACAAUAAUGGCGACCUGAAGGAUGAUUUCACAACGCGAUAUUCAUCCGUGGCUGUUGGAGAGCUGGAAUUUGGCAAUAGUUGGAAAACCAGUCAAGAAUGUUCGGACACUGUCACUCAAAGUUUCCCGUGUGACUCAAACCCGUACUGCAAAGCCUGGGCUGUGCGGAAAUGUGAGAUCAUCCGGGACAGCACCUUCCGAGACUGCCACAACAAGGUGGACCCCAGUGCGUACUACGACGCGUGUAUUGAAGAAGCCUGUGCGUGUGACAUGGAGGGGAAGUACCUGGGAUUCUGCACAGCCGUGGCGAUGUACGCAGAGGCCUGCAGUGCGGUUGGAGUCUGUGUCACAUGGAGAAAACCAGAUCUCUGUCCUGUCUACUGUGAUUAUUAUAAUGCACCUGGGGAAUGCAGCUGGCGUUAUGAACCUUGUGGUACAGUGACUGCAAAAACAUGCAAAGAUCGAGUAAUUGGCCAGAAAUUUUCUGCACUUUUAGAAGGCUGCUAUGCUAAGUGCCCAGACAGUGCUCCCUACCUGGAUGAGAACACCAUGAAAUGCGUCAGUUUAUCUGAGUGCAGCUGCUUCUAUAAUGAUAUCAUACCAGCGGGUGGAGUGAUCCAGGAUAACUGUGGGAGAAUAUGCUAUUGCAUCGCAGGAGAGUUGGAGUGCAGUGAAUCUGCUCUUACAAAUUCAACAUUUACAGUUUCUACUACAACAGCUACCUCCAUAUUAAGCACUGAAGCAGCAAUCACACUGGUAACCAGUAGCUCAAGCACAGCAGCUUCCAUUCCAGCGAUUACAACCUCAAGCAGUGGAACAAUAGGAACAACUCUGAGUUUUCUCAGUGAAACUUUUACUACAGGGGCCCCAGGAGUAUCAGAGGGUGUCACAACCGUGUCUGGGAACAAGAGCACAAGUGAGGACUCAGCUGCCCCAGGCACGACCCCGGAAGGCCCUCCAGGAACAACUGGAGGGGAAAAUGCUGCCACCACUGGAGCUGCUGGUGAAGACACCUCUGGAGCAUCAGGGACAACUGGAACAUCUGUUGUAAGUUCAGAGACAAGUGGAGGGGCAGAAACUACUGGACCAUCAGCUGAAAAGUCAAGGACAACUCUGCCAACAAUUGGUAUGACAGAAAUUAUUGGAUCAUCAACUGAAGAAUCAAGGGCAACCAGACCAUCAACUGGCAGAUAUUCCCCAAAUGUUUCAUCAGCUGUAGGGUCACAAACAAGUAGACAAUCAACUGAAGGAUCAAGCGAAAAUGGGCCAACAGAAGUAGUGACAGACAUAUAUCUACAAUCAACUGGAAUAUCAAGGACAACAGAAGAAUCAGGGUCUACAGGAAUAUCAGUAAUAGGUUCAGGUAAAACAGGAUCAUCAACCAUACUGACAGUAACAAGUGCUAGAUCCUCUGUCGCAGGGUCAACAACCGGAACAGUGUCUGGAGCAUCAGGGUCCACAGGAUCAUCAUCGGGAUCACCAGGGGCCACCGGAGCAUCCAUUGGCCAGCCCGAAACAAGCAGAAUCUCGGUGGCAGGCUCAUCUGGAGCACCUGCAGUCUCAUCUGGAGCAUCACAGGCAGCGGGAACCUCAGGUGCUGGCCCGGGAACAACUGCCUCAUCCGUCGGGGUGACGGAAACUGCUAGACCCUCUGUCGCAGGGUCAGGGACAACCGGAACAGUGUCUGGAGCAUCAGGGUCCACAGGAUCAUCAUCGGGAUCACCAGGGGCCACCGGAGCAUCCAUUGGCCAGCCCGAAACAAGCAGAAUCUCGGUGGCAGGCUCAUCUGGAGCACCUGCAGUCUCAUCUGGAGCAUCACAGGCAGCGGGAACCUCAGGUGCUGGCCCGGGAACAACUGCCUCAUCCGUCGGGGUGACGGAAACUGCUAGACCCUCUGUCGCAGGGUCAGGGACAACCGGAACAGUGUCUGGAGCAUCAGGGUCCACAGGAUCAUCAUCGGGAUCACCAGGGGCCACCGGAGCAUCCAUUGGCCAGCCCGAAACAAGCAGAAUCUCGGUGGCAGGCUCAUCUGGAGCACCUGCAGUCUCAUCUGGAGCAUCACAGGCAGCGGGAACCUCAGGUGCUGGCCCGGGAACAACUGCCUCAUCCGUCGGGGUGACGGAAACUGCUAGACCCUCUGUCGCAGGGUCAGGGACAACCGGAACAGUGUCUGGAGCAUCAGGGUCCACAGGAUCAUCAUCGGGAUCACCAGGGGCCACCGGAGCAUCCAUUGGCCAGCCCGAAACAAGCAGAAUCUCGGUGGCAGGCUCAUCUGGAGCACCUGCAGUCUCAUCUGGAGCAUCACAGGCAGCGGGAACCUCAGGUGCUGGCCCGGGAACAACUGCCUCAUCCGUCGGGGUGACGGAAACUGCUAGACCCUCUGUCGCAGGGUCAGGGACAACCGGAACAGUGUCUGGAGCAUCAGGGUCCACAGGAUCAUCAUCGGGAUCACCAGGGGCCACCGGAGCAUCCAUUGGCCAGCCCGAAACAAGCAGAAUCUCGGUGGCAGGCUCAUCUGGAGCACCUGCAGUCUCAUCUGGAGCAUCACAGGCAGCGGGAACCUCAGGUGCUGGCCCGGGAACAACUGCCUCAUCCGUCGGGGUGACGGAAACUGCUAGACCCUCUGUCGCAGGGUCAGGGACAACCGGAACAGUGUCUGGAGCAUCAGGGUCCACAGGAUCAUCAUCGGGAUCACCAGGGGCCACCGGAGCAUCCAUUGGCCAGCCCGAAACAAGCAGAAUCUCGGUGGCAGGCUCAUCUGGAGCACCUGCAGUCUCAUCUGGAGCAUCACAGGCAGCGGGAACCUCAGGUGCUGGCCCGGGAACAACUGCCUCAUCCGUCGGGGUGACGGAAACUGCUAGACCCUCUGUCGCAGGGUCAGGGACAACCGGAACAGUGUCUGGAGCAUCAGGGUCCACAGGAUCAUCAUCGGGAUCACCAGGGGCCACCGGAGCAUCCAUUGGCCAGCCCGAAACAAGCAGAAUCUCGGUGGCAGGCUCAUCUGGAGCACCUGCAGUCUCAUCUGGAGCAUCACAGGCAGCGGGAACCUCAGGUGCUGGCCCGGGAACAACUGCCUCAUCCGUCGGGGUGACGGAAACUGCUAGACCCUCUGUCGCAGGGUCAGGGACAACCGGAACAGUGUCUGGAGCAUCAGGGUCCACAGGAUCAUCAUCGGGAUCACCAGGGGCCACCGGAGCAUCCAUUGGCCAGCCCGAAACAAGCAGAAUCUCGGUGGCAGGCUCAUCUGGAGCACCUGCAGUCUCAUCUGGAGCAUCACAGGCAGCGGGAACCUCAGGUGCUGGCCCGGGAACAACUGCCUCAUCCGUCGGGGUGACGGAAACUGCUAGACCCUCUGUCGCAGGGUCAGGGACAACCGGAACAGUGUCUGGAGCAUCAGGGUCCACAGGAUCAUCAUCGGGAUCACCAGGGGCCACCGGAGCAUCCAUUGGCCAGCCCGAAACAAGCAGAAUCUCGGUGGCAGGCUCAUCUGGAGCACCUGCAGUCUCAUCUGGAGCAUCACAGGCAGCGGGAACCUCAGGUGCUGGCCCGGGAACAACUGCCUCAUCCGUCGGGGUGACGGAAACUGCUAGACCCUCUGUCGCAGGGUCAGGGACAACCGGAACAGUGUCUGGAGCAUCAGGGUCCACAGGAUCAUCAUCGGGAUCACCAGGGGCCACCGGAGCAUCCAUUGGCCAGCCCGAAACAAGCAGAAUCUCGGUGGCAGGCUCAUCUGGAGCACCUGCAGUCUCAUCUGGAGCAUCACAGGCAGCGGGAACCUCAGGUGCUGGCCCGGGAACAACUGCCUCAUCCGUCGGGGUGACGGAAACUGCUAGACCCUCUGUCGCAGGGUCAGGGACAACCGGAACAGUGUCUGGAGCAUCAGGGUCCACAGGAUCAUCAUCGGGAUCACCAGGGGCCACCGGAGCAUCCAUUGGCCAGCCCGAAACAAGCAGAAUCUCGGUGGCAGGCUCAUCUGGAGCACCUGCAGUCUCAUCUGGAGCAUCACAGGCAGCGGGAACCUCAGGUGCUGGCCCGGGAACAACUGCCUCAUCCGUCGGGGUGACGGAAACUGCUAGACCCUCUGUCGCAGGGUCAGGGACAACCGGAACAGUGUCUGGAGCAUCAGGGUCCACAGGAUCAUCAUCGGGAUCACCAGGGGCCACCGGAGCAUCCAUUGGCCAGCCCGAAACAAGCAGAAUCUCGGUGGCAGGCUCAUCUGGAGCACCUGCAGUCUCAUCUGGAGCAUCACAGGCAGCGGGAACCUCAGGUGCUGGCCCGGGAACAACUGCCUCAUCCGUCGGGGUGACGGAAACUGCUAGACCCUCUGUCGCAGGGUCAGGGACAACCGGAACAGUGUCUGGAGCAUCAGGGUCCACAGGAUCAUCAUCGGGAUCACCAGGGGCCACCGGAGCAUCCAUUGGCCAGCCCGAAACAAGCAGAAUCUCGGUGGCAGGCUCAUCUGGAGCACCUGCAGUCUCAUCUGGAGCAUCACAGGCAGCGGGAACCUCAGGUGCUGGCCCGGGAACAACUGCCUCAUCCGUCGGGGUGACGGAAACUGCUAGACCCUCUGUCGCAGGGUCAGGGACAACCGGAACAGUGUCUGGAGCAUCAGGGUCCACAGGAUCAUCAUCGGGAUCACCAGGGGCCACCGGAGCAUCCAUUGGCCAGCCCGAAACAAGCAGAAUCUCGGUGGCAGGCUCAUCUGGAGCACCUGCAGUCUCAUCUGGAGCAUCACAGGCAGCGGGAACCUCAGGUGCUGGCCCGGGAACAACUGCCUCAUCCGUCGGGGUGACGGAAACUGCUAGACCCUCUGUCGCAGGGUCAGGGACAACCGGAACAGUGUCUGGAGCAUCAGGGUCCACAGGAUCAUCAUCGGGAUCACCAGGGGCCACCGGAGCAUCCAUUGGCCAGCCCGAAACAAGCAGAAUCUCGGUGGCAGGCUCAUCUGGAGCACCUGCAGUCUCAUCUGGAGCAUCACAGGCAGCGGGAACCUCAGGUGCUGGCCCGGGAACAACUGCCUCAUCCGUCGGGGUGACGGAAACUGCUAGACCCUCUGUCGCAGGGUCAGGGACAACCGGAACAGUGUCUGGAGCAUCAGGGUCCACAGGAUCAUCAUCGGGAUCACCAGGGGCCACCGGAGCAUCCAUUGGCCAGCCCGAAACAAGCAGAAUCUCGGUGGCAGGCUCAUCUGGAGCACCUGCAGUCUCAUCUGGAGCAUCACAGGCAGCGGGAACCUCAGGUGCUGGCCCGGGAACAACUGCCUCAUCCGUCGGGGUGACGGAAACUGCUAGACCCUCUGUCGCAGGGUCAGGGACAACCGGAACAGUGUCUGGAGCAUCAGGGUCCACAGGAUCAUCAUCGGGAUCACCAGGGGCCACCGGAGCAUCCAUUGGCCAGCCCGAAACAAGCAGAAUCUCGGUGGCAGGCUCAUCUGGAGCACCUGCAGUCUCAUCUGGAGCAUCACAGGCAGCGGGAACCUCAGGUGCUGGCCCGGGAACAACUGCCUCAUCCGUCGGGGUGACGGAAACUGCUAGACCCUCUGUCGCAGGGUCAGGGACAACCGGAACAGUGUCUGGAGCAUCAGGGUCCACAGGAUCAUCAUCGGGAUCACCAGGGGCCACCGGAGCAUCCAUUGGCCAGCCCGAAACAAGCAGAAUCUCGGUGGCAGGCUCAUCUGGAGCACCUGCAGUCUCAUCUGGAGCAUCACAGGCAGCGGGAACCUCAGGUGCUGGCCCGGGAACAACUGCCUCAUCCGUCGGGGUGACGGAAACUGCUAGACCCUCUGUCGCAGGGUCAGGGACAACCGGAACAGUGUCUGGAGCAUCAGGGUCCACAGGAUCAUCAUCGGGAUCACCAGGGGCCACCGGAGCAUCCAUUGGCCAGCCCGAAACAAGCAGAAUCUCGGUGGCAGGCUCAUCUGGAGCACCUGCAGUCUCAUCUGGAGCAUCACAGGCAGCGGGAACCUCAGGUGCUGGCCCGGGAACAACUGCCUCAUCCGUCGGGGUGACGGAAACUGCUAGACCCUCUGUCGCAGGGUCAGGGACAACCGGAACAGUGUCUGGAGCAUCAGGGUCCACAGGAUCAUCAUCGGGAUCACCAGGGGCCACCGGAGCAUCCAUUGGCCAGCCCGAAACAAGCAGAAUCUCGGUGGCAGGCUCAUCUGGAGCACCUGCAGUCUCAUCUGGAGCAUCACAGGCAGCGGGAACCUCAGGUGCUGGCCCGGGAACAACUGCCUCAUCCGUCGGGGUGACGGAAACUGCUAGACCCUCUGUCGCAGGGUCAGGGACAACCGGAACAGUGUCUGGAGCAUCAGGGUCCACAGGAUCAUCAUCGGGAUCACCAGGGGCCACCGGAGCAUCCAUUGGCCAGCCCGAAACAAGCAGAAUCUCGGUGGCAGGCUCAUCUGGAGCACCUGCAGUCUCAUCUGGAGCAUCACAGGCAGCGGGAACCUCAGGUGCUGGCCCGGGAACAACUGCCUCAUCCGUCGGGGUGACGGAAACUGCUAGACCCUCUGUCGCAGGGUCAGGGACAACCGGAACAGUGUCUGGAGCAUCAGGGUCCACAGGAUCAUCAUCGGGAUCACCAGGGGCCACCGGAGCAUCCAUUGGCCAGCCCGAAACAAGCAGAAUCUCGGUGGCAGGCUCAUCUGGAGCACCUGCAGUCUCAUCUGGAGCAUCACAGGCAGCGGGAACCUCAGGUGCUGGCCCGGGAACAACUGCCUCAUCCGUCGGGGUGACGGAAACUGCUAGACCCUCUGUCGCAGGGUCAGGGACAACCGGAACAGUGUCUGGAGCAUCAGGGUCCACAGGAUCAUCAUCGGGAUCACCAGGGGCCACCGGAGCAUCCAUUGGCCAGCCCGAAACAAGCAGAAUCUCGGUGGCAGGCUCAUCUGGAGCACCUGCAGUCUCAUCUGGAGCAUCACAGGCAGCGGGAACCUCAGGUGCUGGCCCGGGAACAACUGCCUCAUCCGUCGGGGUGACGGAAACUGCUAGACCCUCUGUCGCAGGGUCAGGGACAACCGGAACAGUGUCUGGAGCAUCAGGGUCCACAGGAUCAUCAUCGGGAUCACCAGGGGCCACCGGAGCAUCCAUUGGCCAGCCCGAAACAAGCAGAAUCUCGGUGGCAGGCUCAUCUGGAGCACCUGCAGUCUCAUCUGGAGCAUCACAGGCAGCGGGAACUUCAGGUGCUGGCCCGGGAACAACUGCCUCAUUUGUCGGGGUGACAGAAUCUGCUAGACCCUCUUUCGCAGCGUUAGUGGCAGUGACAAAUAGACCAUCUGAUGCAACAAGUAGAGAAAUAAUAAGAGAGGCUACAACUUCCAUAGAAGGUGCUGGCACUUCUGGAGUUGGAUUCAAAACAGAGGCCACAACAUUCCCAGGAGAAAAUGAAACAACCAGAGUUGGAAUCGCCACUGGUACUACUGGUAUAGUCUCUAGAAAGACACUGGAACCUGGAAGUUAUAACACAGAGGCCACAACUUCCAUAGGGAGAAGUGGGACCACCCACACAGAUCUUCCAGGAGGUACCACCAUAGUUUUACCUGGAUUCAGCCAUAGUUCACAGAGUUCCAAGCCAGGCAGUUCUGUCACCACACCAGGGAGCCCAGAGUCUGGAAGUGAAACAGGUACUUCAGGAGAAUUCUCUACGACAGUCAUAUCUGGAAGUUCCCACACAGAGGCCACAACUUUCAUAGGAGGCAGUGGCUCACCUGGAACUGGAUCCAGACCUGGUACCACUGGAGAAUUGUCUGGAACCACUAUUGCAUCUGGAAAUGCUACCACAGAGGCCACAACUUCCACAGAGACUAGAAUUGGACCUCAAACAGGAGCCCAGACCACUGUACCAGGGAGCCAGGUCUCUGGCAGUGAAACAGGUACCAGUGAAGCAGUUUCCAACCCAGCUAUUGCAUCUGGGAGUUCCAGCACUGGAACGACCUCUGGAGCAUCAGACAGUCAAGUCACUGGAAGUAGAACAGGUACCACAGGUGUGGUCUUAGGUACCACAGUUGCACCUGGAAGUUCUAGUACAGGAGCUACCACUGGAGUACUGAUAAAUGAAGGAACUAGAAGCACAUCAUUAGGUACCACGAGGGUAGCUUCUGGCACUACAUAUGAAUCUGGGACUUCUAACUCAGUGCCCUCUGGAGGCAGUGGGACACCAGGAAGUGGAAUAAAUACAGGGGGAUCUAGUACCCAAGUCACUGGCAUUCAAACAGGUACUACUGCAGUGGGUUUUGGCAGCACCCUCUUACCUGGAAGUUCCAACACAGGAGCUACCACCAGCCCAUCUGAGAGGACAAGCCCUGGAAGUAAAACAGGUAUCACUCGUGUAGUCUCUGGUACAACAGUAGCAUCUGGAAGCUCUAACACAGAGGCCACUACAUCUUUAGGAAGAGGUGAAACCACCCAGGGUGGAAUUAAAAUAGUUACCACUGGGGUGACUGUUGGCACAACUGUCGCACCUGGGAGUUUCAACACAAAGGCUACAACUCCUACAGAAGUCAGAGCUGCCACUGGAGCUGGAACGGCAGUUGGGGCUACUUCAAGAUCCACUGGAAUUUCCACAGGCCCAGAAAAUUCCACUCCUGGUACCACUGAGACAGGCUCUGGUACUACAUCCUCACCUGGAGGUGUCAAAACAGAAGCCACAACUUUUAAAGGUGUUGGAACCACUGAAGCAGGGAUUUCAUCAGGCAAUAGCCCAGGAUCAGGAGGAGUCACCAGUAGCCAAGAAGGUACCUCCAGGGAAGCAUCUGAAACAACUACUGCUCCUAGAAUUUCUGCCACUGGCUCCACCUCAGUGUCAAAAGAAAUCACAGCAAGCCCCAAAGUAUCCUCCCCAGAACCUGCAGGAGCAACAGAAGAUCAAGAAAAUGAAAAUAAAACAGGAUGUCCAGCACCUCUUCCACCACCACCAGUUUGUCAUGGUCCCCUGGGAGAAGAGAAGUCUCCUGGGGAUGUAUGGACCGCCAAUUGCCAUAAAUGCACCUGUACCGAGGCAAAGACUGUAGACUGUAAACCCAAGGAGUGUCCUUCUCCACCCACAUGCAAAACUGGAGAGAGACUCAUCAAGUUCAAAGCUAAUGAUACCUGCUGUGAAAUCGGACACUGUGAAAAAAGAACAUGUUUAUUUAACAAUACAGACUAUGAGGUUGGUUCUUCAUUUGAUGACCCCAACAACCCAUGUGUUACCUACUCCUGCCAGAACACUGGUUUCACAGCCGUGGUCCAAAACUGCCCAAAGCAGACCUGGUGCGCAGAAGAAGACAGAGUCUAUGAUUCAAAACAAUGUUGCUAUACAUGUAAGAGUAGUUGCAAACCUUCACCCGUGAAUGUGACUGUUAGGUACAAUGGUUGCACGAUUAAAGUUGAGAUGGCAAGAUGUGUAGGGGAAUGCAAAAAGACUGUCACGUAUGAUUAUGACAUCUUCCAGUUGAAAAAUUCAUGUCUUUGCUGCCGAGAAGAAGAUUACGAGUUCAGAGAUAUUGUUCUUGACUGUCCUGAUGGUAGUACAUUACCUUACAGAUACAGGCACAUCACCGCGUGCUCUUGCUUAGAUCCGUGCCAACAAUCUAUGACCUAAUAAUAACUAGAUUACUUUUCCAGUUGUACCAGGCCAGGUAUUUAUUUUAUAAGCGAACAAAAACAAUCACUAGUGAGAUUAACUAAACAUUUGUUUCUCACUCAAAAAAAUGUCAUCAUUAGGCAUUUUGUUCUUCUGGUGACUGGAUCUGAAAAAUAAAUACCACUUUGCAAGCAA